CAGACGGCAGGGCCGGGCCGAGGCGCUGCUGGGAAGCGCAUCCCGCCCCGCUCCGCCCCGGUAGCCGCGGCCAUGACCGACAACAUCCCGCUGCAGCCGGUCCGGCAGAAGAAGCGGAUGGACAGCAAGCACCGCAGCGGGUGUUGUGAGUGCUUAAGAUGCUGUGGCAGGAGAGACCCAAGACCUCGUACUGUUUGGCUUGGCCAUCCAGAGAAGAGAGACCAGAGAUACCCCCGCAAUGUGAUCAACAAUCAAAAGUACAACUUUUUUACAUUUCUCCCUGGGGUGUUGUUUAACCAGUUCAAAUACUUCUUCAACCUUUAUUUCUUGCUUUUGGCCUGUUCGCAGUUUGUUGUUGAAAUGAGGCUUGGAGCACUUUACACAUACUGGGUUCCUUUGGGGUUCGUGCUUGCUGUUACCGUCAUCCGAGAGGCAGCGGAGGAGAUCAGAUGUUACAUGCGGGACAAGGAAGUGAACUCGCAGAUCUACAGCAAACUCACAGCGAGAGGCACUGUGAAGGUGAAGAGCUCUAAUAUACAAGUUGGUGACCUCAUAAUUGUUGAAAAGAACCAACGGGUCCCUGCUGACAUGAUCUUCCUGAGGACGUCAGAGAAGAAUGGGUCUUGCUUCCUUCGCACUGACCAGCUGGAUGGUGAGACAGACUGGAAACUGCGGCUGCCUGUUACCUGCACUCAGAGACUGCCAGCUGCCUCUGACCUACUGCAAAUCAGAUCCUAUGUGUAUGCGGAAGAACCCAAUAUUGAUAUACAUAACUUUGUGGGGACCUUCACAAGGGAGGACAGUGACCCUUCAGUGAAUGAAAGUUUAAGCAUAGAGAACACCCUAUGGGCCAGCACAGUGAUUGCUUCAGGUACUGUUGUGGGAGUCGUCCUGUAUACUGGAAGGGAGCUGCGCAGUGUGAUGAAUACUUCAAACCCAAGAAGCAAGAUUGGUCUUUUUGAUUUGGAAGUGAACUGUCUUACCAAGAUCCUAUUUGGGGCGCUUGUGGUGGUCUCGCUUGUCAUGGUGGCCCUUCAGCACUUUGCUGGCCGGUGGUAUCUUCAGAUCAUAAGAUUUCUUCUUCUGUUCUCUAACAUCAUUCCCAUUAGCUUACGUGUGAAUCUGGACAUGGGGAAGAUUGUCUACAGCUGGGUGAUCCGCAGAGAUUCCAAAAUCCCAGGGACUGUGGUUCGAUCCAGCACUAUUCCUGAGCAACUGGGGAGGAUAUCCUAUUUGCUUACAGACAAAACAGGAACUCUUACUCAGAAUGAGAUGGUCUUCAAGCGACUUCACCUGGGGACAGUAGCUUACGGCCUGGACUCAAUGGAUGAAGUGCAGAGCCACAUAUUCAGUAUAUACACACAGCAAUCUCAGGACCCACCUGCAGUGAAGGGCCUCACCUUGGCCACCAAGGUGCGUAAAACGAUGAGCAGCCGAGUGCACGAGGCGGUGAAGGCCAUCGCGCUGUGCCACAACGUGACUCCGGUCUAUGAGUCCAACGGUGUGACCGACCAGGCCGAAGCUGAGAGACACUAUGAGGACUCCUGCAGAGUGUACCAGGCCUCCAGUCCUGAUGAGGUGGCCCUGGUACAGUGGACCGAGAGCGUGGGGUUAACGCUAGUGGGCAGAGACCAGUCCUCCGUGCAGCUGAGGACACCGGGUGGCCACAUCCUGAACUUCACCAUCCUCCAGAUCUUCCCCUUCACUUAUGAGAGCAAGCGCAUGGGCAUCAUUGUUCGGGAUGAAUCAACAGGAGAGAUCACCUUCUACAUGAAGGGGGCUGAUGUUGUGAUGUCUGGGAUUGUGCAGUACAAUGACUGGCUGGAAGAGGAGUGUGGUAACAUGGCUCGGGAAGGCCUGAGGGUUCUUGUUGUAGCCAAGAAGUCUCUAACAGAAGAACAGUAUCAAGACUUUGAAGCACGCUAUGUCCAGGCGAAGCUGAGCGUGCACGACCGCUCCCUGAAGGUAGCUACAGUCAUCGAGAGCCUGGAAAUGGAGAUGGAGCUGCUGUGUCUCACUGGUGUGGAGGAUCAGCUGCAGGCAGACGUCAGGCCCACUCUGGAGACACUGAGAAAUGCUGGCAUUAAGGUGUGGAUGCUGACAGGGGACAAGUUGGAGACAGCCACAUGUACAGCCAAGAAUGCACAUUUGGUGACACGGACACAGGACAUCCACAUAUUCAGACUAGUGACUAACCGUGGAGAAGCCCAUCUAGAGCUGAACGCCUUCCGCCGGAAGCACGACUGUGCUCUCGUUAUUUCUGGUGACUCACUGGAGGUGUGUCUGAAAUACUAUGAGUAUGAGUUCAUGGAGCUGGCGUGCCAGUGCCCUGCUGUCGUGUGCUGCAGAUGUGCUCCGACGCAGAAGGCCCAGAUUGUGCGGUUGCUCCAGGAAAGGACUGGCAAGCUCACCUGUGCAGUAGGUGAUGGAGGGAAUGACGUUAGCAUGAUUCAGGAGGCUGACUGUGGCGUUGGAGUUGAAGGAAAGGAAGGGAAGCAGGCAUCACUUGCAGCUGAUUUCUCUAUCACUCAGUUUAAACAUCUGGGUCGUUUACUAAUGGUGCAUGGAAGGAACAGUUACAAACGCUCUGCAGCUCUCAGUCAGUUUGUAAUCCACAGGAGCCUUUGCAUCAGUACCAUGCAGGCUGUUUUCUCAUCAGUAUUUUACUUUGCUUCAGUUCCUCUCUACCAAGGCUUUCUCAUCAUUGGAUACUCCACGAUUUACACAAUGUUUCCAGUGUUUUCUCUAGUCCUGGACAAGGAUGUUAAAUCUGAAGUUGCAAUGUUGUACCCAGAGCUCUACAAAGAUCUUCUUAAGGGACGACCGUUAUCGUACAAGACAUUUUUAAUAUGGGUCCUUAUAAGCAUCUAUCAAGGUAGCAUCAUCAUGUAUGGAGCACUCCUCCUCUUUGAAUCUGAAUUUGUCCACAUUGUUGCUAUUUCCUUCACAUCCCUGAUUCUCACCGAGUUACUGAUGGUGGCAUUGACAAUCCAGACGUGGCACUGGCUCAUGAUAGUGGCUGAGCUGCUUAGUCUCUCCUGCUACAUAGCUUCUCUGGUCUUCUUACAUGAGUUUAUUGAUGUUUACUUCAUUGCAACUUUGUCAUUCUUGUGGAAAGUCACUGUCAUCACUCUAGUGAGCUGCCUUCCCCUCUACGUCCUGAAGUACCUGAGACGAAGGUUUUCUCCUCCAAGCUAUUCAAAGCUCACAUCCUAGGGCUGCUCUCCUUGGACACCAGAGACAAACAUUGCACAUGACUGAGAGACACCAAUCAUGUAGUUGUUACUAUAAUGAAUACGUCCAAUAUUUGCAUAAGGAUCAUGUGGUAAUCUCUAUUACAUGCUGCUUUAUUGAAAAAGACUUCACAACUGCUGUGAAUGGAAGCCUAAGGAUAAAAGGGAGUUUUCUGAGAGUGGAGGCACUUGUUAGUUCACCCAGUUCUUGUCACUUUUGUUCAAUUUGACUGGGGUCAAACGCACCUGUCUGUAAUGAGGAUGGGUUUCUUAUGCAUGGUGAAAAGUAUCUGAAAGCUGCUAAUUGACCUUGGAAUUUACGUUUGACAAGUUGAAGUUACUUUGUAAAGUAUCUGUGCUGUUCCUUGCAUUGUGUUUUGUUGGUUUAUGUUAUUUAUCUUUUUUGAUUCAAGUAGUUACAUUCUUUGUACAUGUUGGAAAUCCCUUAAUGUAGGUGAUGCACUAUCCUGCUGACAGCUGAUUCCUGAUUUAUGGCAUGCUGCUUCCAUAAUGGGGCUCCAGCAUGUCGGAUCUACACACACUUGAGAAUCUGAGCGUGUUUGAGAUUUUCCUUCAGCUGAAAUGUGGUCACCCUAGUGAUUUUGGAGGUAUCCAGCCAUUGAUAAAUACAGAGUAGUAGUCCAAAAUGAAGAAAUACAGUUUUGUGUAGCUUUUGUUCUUCCUGUUAAAAGGAGCUGGUGACAUAAUAGCUUUGUAUUAAUUUGUAUAGGAGAAAAUUACCUAAACUAAAGCAAAUCCUCCUUGGAAAAGAAAUUUGCUGUUGAUCAGACUCAGAAUGUGUCAGCAACGUGAGAAGAGACUCGUACUGUUCUGCAGACAAUGUGGCAGACGUGUCUUGAUUCCUUGGAGACCAAAAGGAGAGGUCACAGAGCAGCUACUACUCACAGCUACAUGAAAUCUGUUUCCUGUUGGGUUGAAACUGCGAAGAUGAGCUGCAAAUAAGCUGAGGCACUCCUAGGUGGAUGUUGUUGGUGAUAUACUCCCUGUGGAGAAGCAGUUUUUGAGAACCUUGCCCUGGCUUUGUUCUAAAAACCAGACUUGAGUCACAGGAGCAGGGGCUCAUACAAAGGCAUUGGGCUCACAUGCAGAGUAGACUUAGGUGUUUAAUUUUAAAAAAUUAAGCUCCAGGAGUUCUGUUUUUAUAAUAAAUGUUGUGCCACAUGACAAUACUGUGAGGAGAGCAACACAUACUUAGUCUGCUCUGAAGGACAGAGAGCUACAGGGACCUUUUAUGGUUGGGUCCAUGCAUCAAACGUGGAUGAGCUUUUAGUGGCUGCCACCCUCAACUCAUGGCUGUGUAGUCUGUGCUAAAUUAGUUGCUUGCUGUCACAUUCCCACAUCAUAGAAACCACUGCUGGGGCUGGCACUUCUUGGUACUGGUGUCAGUUGGCUGCGUAGAGAGACCAGAGCAGAGCCUGAGCUCCCUUCUCUCUCAAGGCAGCCCUUGCAGGUCAGGCAAUAAUGCUGGUGUGAGGAGCAAAAGCUGCUGAAUCUCUUUAAUGGACUGCCAGCUUCUUUUGCCAUUGCUACAGGCAUUCCACUGUUGCAGGAGUGUUAUUUUAUGAGAGUUUGGAGUCUGUGUUGACCCAUAGUGGUAGUCUUGAAUUUUUGGAUCUGAGAUAGCUGUGGCUCAUGUGGUCAAUGCGUGACGGUUGCCCUGGGGAAUGUUUUACACAACCCAAUCUGCCAUCUCUGCUCUCAGUUUAUGUGAGAAAAUAUUAAAGAGGAAGGGAAGCAAGUUCCAGAAGAUUUAUUUAAAAAAAAAAAGGAUAUGUUUCAUAAUGCACAUGGCUCAGUGUGAGAGGAAGGUGCAAGUCUGUAUCGUUAUAACUUUGUUCUUAUUUUAUGGAGGGGGAACCCUCUUAAUUUAGAAAAUACAUUUCAAAAUCCUUCAGGAAUAAGAACAGCAAACGCUAACUCUCUAUUUUUAGCUUUAUGCCAAUCUUCUGAUUAAACUCUUGAAUGAAGUCCUGAUACAUAGCAACUAUCUUCAGAGACAACCUACUGGCUAAGGAAAGCUGAUUCUUAAUAUUUACUGUGUCAUAAUAUUUUGAAAGUUUGCCCUUUUCCUUCUCUUUCAUUUUUUUCAUCUAAAAAUAACAAUAAUACAGAUUUCUACUCAUUUGACUUGCAUGUUCAUGUUGAGGAAGGCCUCAAGAGUCCAACAUUCUCAGUGAGUUGUCUCAAGGAGCAAAAGCAGCAUGUGAGCAGCCUGUGGGGGGUGGAAUUUGGGCUGUCAGCCCUCAGUGAAUUAUGCCACUUUGCCAAAAAGAUGCUUAGUGUUGUCUUCAUUGUGACUUGCUACAGCUCCUGGCUAGUGUUGGCCAUGCAGGUGUUCUGGAGUCCUCAGGCAUCAUUUGAUUUAAGUAGAUUGCAGUACAAGAAUCAAGAAUUUCUUUUGGCUGCUUCUUGUGACUUGAAGUCAAGUCCCUCUUGUCUGCUGGCAAACACAUCGCAGUCUGCAUCCUUGUAAAGCCCUGUCCCUAUCUAGUCUGUAUCAGUAGUUAAAUGUCCUGCAAGAUAACAGUGCCAUGCUACUGUAUGUAAAUAUUUGAGACGUAUAUAUGGUCAAGUUCACUGUUUCCUGAAGUCAAUACAGUUUACACUGAGUGGACCAUAUUUGCAAAAUAUUAGCUUACACUGAGAAAAUGAAUCGUGGUUCCAACUUACUGCAUCAUGACUUUAAUAAGGGACACAGGUUUAGUGGAAUUGGUAGUAAUCUGUAGCUGUGUUUUGGGGUGCUAAUUAUGUUCCAUUACAGCUAGGGGGUUUUUUUUUGCACAAGGUUGUAAAUCCAGGAAGUAAUUUCUGGCUGGGUAUACACUGCAGGUUUUUUAAAGCAAUCAGAAAAUUGGAAUUACCCCCUAACAAACAGCAGGAAAGAUGGAUGAUCAUUGUAUUUGUUAAGUUUAGCACUUUAUGUCUGCAGUCUACUUAAGUUAUUUAAAAAAUGUUUUUUAAAGUAAAGUUUAAUACAUAUGUUACUACUUACUGUACAUUUGAAUAAAUUGAUUCCCUGCUGGAAAUUUAAUUUAAUCUUUUUCCUCUAAGCAUGCUCAUGAUUUGUGCUCAUUGGGAGGGAAGCAUUGUUUUCUUCUUCUGUGGAGCAUCUCGUAGCCUUACGUAGUGUUCUUUCUAUUCCUGCUUUUUUUCUUAGUUCUGGUUUAUGUACUGUAGCAGUUCAUAUAACUCCUGUGCUCUGGGACUGUGCUCCAAGUGAUGCCGUAGGGUAGGGGUGUGUGUCUCACAGCUCUGGCUUCCCGUGGCUGUGUUGGGGGAGCCAAUGCUCUGUGCUGUGCUGCUGCACUGAUUCGUUAGCCUGGAGGUUUUGUGGCACAUGCUGUUCUCUUCUUGCAUUUCUGCAGUAAUUCCAGGUGUGUCACAACCUUCUUCAUGUUUGGGUCUUUUUUUCUUUAGCUCUGUGUAUUUGUUUCCUCCGUAGAGCUUGUCCUGUUUAUCUCUGCAGUGUUUGUUUUGCUCAGCUCAUAGUGCAGCGUUCCUUAUUCAACAGCAGCAGCAUAAAUCUCUGCAGGGUCUUAUCAGAACUGGGCUGGGGAGUGAUGAGUGACACCACUGGUGUCUCUUUGGUGUUCAGAACCAUGUGCUGAGAGCUACAGCUGUGGCUGCACCAAACAGCAGCACCAAAAGUGUUUCUCUGUGGUCUGUGAAACUAUCACAAUUUAACUGCCUUGACAAACUCGCUUGUCCUCUACAACUGCUGAGGAAAAUGUUGCUAUAGUUGGGAUGAGUUAUUCAGGGAGCCCCAGAAAGUUAGAUGUAUGCAUCCCCAAUGGUUGUCUUUUGACUUUAUCUUUGGAAGAGCUGCUGAACCAUCUGAUGCAUCUGAAGUCCUUGGUUUGCACAAGCAGUGCUCUGACCUGGGUACGUGAACUGCCGUUAGCACGCAGCUCACCACCACAAGUGCUUUGCACACAACUGUUCAGAUGGGGUUUGACUCAUCUCCACAGUUGCUGGGGCCAGGCCAGUGCCCAACAAAAUCUUCAGUGUGAGCUGGGUGGGCUUUUUUUAUUUAUUAUUAAUUAUCUCAUAAUUACUAAACUCUUUGAUUUGCAUGAAGUCCUGAGUUCUACAGCCUUGCCAAUAUGGUCCAUUACUACUGCCUACUACAACUUGUGUACUGAUAUGCCUUUGAGAACACUUUUAAUUGUUAAAAAAGAAAUGUUAAUUUAAUUUUUAAUUGGGGAAAUGGAUUCUGGUGUCAAAAUGAUAUUUACUGUGAUGCCAAUGUUUUGUACCUGUCAUCUAGUUAAUGUGUAAAUACUCUUGAUUCAAGAGAAAUACGAAUGCCAAUUAUUUAUUGUUUUGUGGAGUUACAUGUUGCAGAUGUGUGAAAACUUAAAAGGGAAUGUUGUAAAACAAGGUGGAAAAAUAAAUUUUAUGCAACUUCUUUACUUGA